AUGGUUCACAUUUGUACUCCUAUGAGCAAAUCUUAUAUUAACAAUCAGGUUUUUAAAAGCCCCCGCGGAGUGUACCUCAAUACAAAACGUUUUAUCCCUUUUCUUUUACAGCGCGUCAGACGUAUAUUUUUUUUUUAUCCAUUGGAAGAAAGAAAAACCCGCGAAAGGCUUUGCACCGAUCAAUUUGCGAAACCCUUCUAUCAAAGGUUGGAACUGAAAUGCAGAAGAAGUCGACAUUGCCACUGAGCGACGCGAAUGCGAACAGAAAGAGGAAGGAAGUGCGCAGCAAGGAAACAUUGGUGAAGCUUCUAAGAUGGCAUUUUGGGUACCCUGAUUUUAGGGGCAUGCAAUUGGACGCUAUUCAGUCGGUGCUUUCAGGAAAGGAUUGUUUUUGUCUUAUGCCAACUGGGGGAGGCAAGUCAAUGUGUUAUCAGAUCCCUGCAUUGGCAAAACCAGGAAUUGUGCUCGUUGUAUCUCCUUUAAUAGGUGGAUGGCUUUCUUCUUGUGUACAUGUUGUGUCUUUAGCUGUGCUUGUUGCUGCUUGGUAAUUCUCAUAAUUUUUUAUGCUAGGAUACUACUGUGAUGUCUGACUUUUGUUCUGCUGACAG